UCACAUAUAAUGUCAUCGUAUAUGGCUGGUGUUUUUGAUUUGGAUUUAGAUGUCGAUACCGUGACCGUUGGAGAUUCAGAUGAAGACGAUAUUAUUGAAGUUGAUGAGGUUGAUUAUGACCCUGAACUUCAUGUGAACAUUGAAACUGAAGGAUCUGAAACAAUCCCACUAAAUGAAGAAAAUGUAAAUCCAGGACAAUGCAAGCGGCUCGGUCCUCAAGAUUUUGAAUUACGCAAAGUUUUGGGGAAGGGUGGAUAUGGAAAGGUGUUCCAAGUACGCAAGAUAACAGGUCCAGAUGCUGGCGCCCAUUUUGCUAUGAAAGUAUUGAAAAAAGCUUCUAUUGUACGCAAUCAAAAGGACACAGCACACACGAAAGCAGAAAGAAAUAUUCUAGAAGCUGUUAAGCACCCAUUCAUAGUAGAAUUAGUAUAUGCUUUUCAAACUGGUGGUAAAUUAUACUUAAUAUUAGAAUAUUUAAGUGGUGGUGAACUAUUUAUGCACCUGGAGAGAGAAGGAAUAUUCCUUGAAGACACAGCUUGCUUUUACUUAUCAGAAAUCAUCUUAGCAUUGGAGCAUUUGCACAGUCUGGGUAUAAUUUACCGCGACCUUAAGCCAGAAAAUGUUCUCCUGGAUGCACAGGGUCACGUAAAACUCACAGACUUUGGAUUGUGCAAAGAACACAUACAAGAGGGUAUUGUUACUCACACAUUCUGCGGUACUAUAGAGUAUAUGGCCCCUGAAAUCCUUACACGAAGUGGCCACGGAAAAGCAGUAGAUUGGUGGAGUCUGGGUGCCUUGAUGUAUGACAUGCUGAUUGGACAGCCACCUUUUACAGGAGACAAUCGUACGAAGACUAUAGAAAAAAUAUUGAAGGGAAAAUUAAUGUUACCUGCCUACCUGACACAAGAUGCCCGUGAUUUGAUAAGACGCCUUAUGAAACGUUCGGAGACGCAGCGCCUCGGCGCCGCGGGGGCUGCUGCAGUUCGUGGUCACGCGUUUUUCAAACACGUGCACUGGGAUGACGUUUUUGCGAGGAGACUGGAGCCCCCAAUCAAACCUAAAUUGUCAAGUGAAGACGACGUCUCGCAAUUUGAUACGAGGUUUACACUCCAAACACCAAUUGAUUCACCUGAUGAGUCAACUCUUAGUGCAAGUGCCAACAUGAUGUUCCAGGGUUUCACGUACGUGGCGCCAUCAGUAAUGGACGAGAUCCACAAGCCCCGAGUAAUCACGGCGCGCUCCCCGCGGCGCCCGCGCCCUCACCACCACGCACCCUUCGCCGCGCCCGGCUCCACCGCCCACACACACGCCCAUGCGCAUGUACACGCUCAACAAGAAGACCUCAUGGAUGUUCAAGGUUUACCCAUAUAGCCUAGAAUAAUUCACGUAGUUGACCAUUUUGUACUAAGGAUGAAAACUG